AUGACUUCUUCAUCAAACUCUCAACAAAAGGUUUCACCUUCUCAGCAACAACAAGAACAACAACAACAACAAAAUGUUCCUCAGAAGAAUUGUCUAAUUCCUAUGGACGAAUUAAAAGUUCUUGGUGAAAUGAUGGUUGAUUUUGAAAAUCUGGAUGAACGUGACAUUCAUUUGAAGGAUAACAUGAUAUUUCAGGGUUGGGAAGCGUUUCUCUAUCGUCUGUGUGGACCAAUUUUUCCAGAAUUGGUUAAAGAGUUUUGGGUUCAUGCAUCUUUAAUGCCAAAAUCAUUUCUGUCUUUUGUUCAUGGAGAAGAGAUCUCCAUUACAGAAAAUCUUCUCAAAAGAUUGUUUGGUCUGGAAACUAUUGAAGGUGUUUCUGGAGCAAUAGUAGGAAGAACAGAUUGGGACGCUGUUUAUGCAGAAAUCUUCAAACCUGGAAAAGAGUCUACCAGCAUCAAGGAAUUGAAGGAUCCUUACAGAAUUUGGGCUAAGAUCCUUCUGGGUUGCAUAUACCAUAGAAAGGCAACUGUUUCUCCUAACUAUGUCAACAAGGACCAACAGUACAUUCUGUAUUGUAUUGGUAAUAAAGAGAAGGUGGAUCUCCCUUUCAUAAUUUUCAACCACAUGUGGAAUCAUGUGAGGGACUCUAGAGAGCAAGCCAGAUUGAAGUCUACCAAGUACAAAAGGAACAUCAUACCCUUUGGAAGGAUAAUUACUGAUCUUCUUGUUCAGACUAGAUUGGUUGGUGAUCUAGAAAAAGCAGGAAUUGUUAUAGAUCCCUAUGCAAUAUGUGGAAGUACAAUGAAUGCCCACACUCUGAAAAAGAUGAAUCUAAUUGAGACAAUUGCUGCUACUCCCAGCGUGGACCAUGAAAUCUUGACCAUAAGGGCUCCUGCUCUGGCUGAUUUUGAACUGUUUUUAAAAAAUGAGCAUCCUAACAUUGUUGUCAAAUAUAUGAAACUAUGUAAAGAGGAAGGCUCUGCGUAUGAUCCUGUGUGGAUAAGCAACAAAGAGCUUCUCACUACAGCUGAUCAAGUACCAGAAAAAGAGGAAGAGAAAAAGAAGAAGAAAAGAAAGCAAGACCAGCAAGAAGGAAGGAAAGAUAAGAAGGAAAAGAAAGAAGAGUAG